GCUGAGGAUAAUAUUAUUAAGAAAAAAUUAGUGAAAUGGAAAUGCAAGCAAAAUUCCAAGACAAAUGUGUUGAGAUUCUCGAGGAGUGUGAACAGUAUGAUCUUUUGGAAAAAUACGAGCAGGCCACUGAAGAGGAAAAGGACUCUCUUGCACAACAAAUCGUCAAGCUAGAUUUCGACUUUAAAGGAGGAUUAGCUGAGUAUUGUGAAAGAGCAAGAGAUUUAUUGAAUGACUCAAAAAUGGGUGUAAACCCAUUUGGAGGAUUCAUUCCGUCCGUUCCAACUGGAAUAAAUGUUGAAGCUAAUUCCAAGGAGUUCCAUCAGCUUGAAGCAAUUGGAAUGUCAAAUAUGGCAGAUGCAUGCUUUGUUCUUGUGGCUGGAGGAUUAGGUGAGAGACUAGGAUAUUCAUCAAUUAAGGUCGGCUUACCCCUUACUCUCUUGGAUAAAGAGCUUUGUUAUCUUAAGUACUAUUGUGAAUAUAUCAAAGCUUUUGAGUCACGUGUAAUUGUAGAUCUUGAUGAAGAAGAACAGAAAGAGUUCUACAUCCCACUCUGCAUAAUGACCUCAGGAGAUACUCACGAGAAAACCCUUGCCUUACUACAGGAGAAAGAUAACUUUGGAAUGAAGAAAGACCAAAUCACUGUAGUCAAGCAGGAGAAGGUUCCUGCAUUAAUUGAUAACAAUGCGAAUUUCUCAGUUAUCAAGGGUAAACUAGAAAUCGAAACUAAGCCUCAUGGACAUGGAGACGUUCAUACACUACUACAUCAGCAUGGAGUGAUCCAGAAGUGGGCUAAAAUGGAAAAGAGAUGGGUGAUCUUCUUCCAAGACACUAAUGCUCUGGUUUUUAGAGCUCUUCCGUCUGCCCUAGGAGUGAGUGUAAGAAAAGAUUUCGAUGUAAAUAGUAUCUGUGUUCCUAGAAAACCAGGUGAAGCUAUGGGAGGAAUUGCCACACUUACUAAUGAAGCUGUGAAUCAGAAAAUCACUAUAAAUGUUGAAUAUAACCAGCUUGAUCCUCUUCUCAAAGCCUCUUGGAAUGAAAAUGGAGACGUUGCUGAUAAGAGUGGCAAUAGUUUCUUCCCAGGGAAUUCUAAUAUUAUCUUGAUUAAAGUAUCUACAUAUCUGGAUACUUUAGAUAAGACUCAGGGUUUAAUUCCAGAGUUUGUGAAUCCUAAAUAUAAAGAUGAGGAAAAAGAAGUCUUUAAGUCAUCGACUAGGCUAGAGUGAAUGAUGCAAGAUUUCCCAAAGCUACUUGAUAAGACUUCUAAUGUAGGUUUCUCUUGUUACGAGAGAUGGAUCAGCUACUCUGCUGUGAAAAAUAAUAUAAUUGAUGCUGCAGCCAAAUUUGACCAAGGUCUUAGCCCAGAGUGAGCAUCUACUGGUGAAUAUUCUCUAUUUGACUGUAAUGCGAGAUUGCUAGAGAUGAUUGGCCUUAAUAUAGAAGAAACUAACGAGGAGGACUUAAAGGACUUCCAAGGCAUUAGAAUCAGAGAUGGUGCAAAGAUCUUCCUUCACCCAUCAUUUGGAGUGACUUUGAAAGAAAUAAGAGAGAAAAUUACAGGUGAAAAUUUUAUUUCAAAGAAAUCUAUUCUAUGGCUAGAGGGACAAGAAACUAGUAUCCAUGACUUGCAUCUUGACUCUACCCUUGUUACUUCUGCAGAUUCUUUCGAAGUUGGUGGAGAAUAUAAUGAUCAAAAAUAUAUUGAAUACGUUCCUCUUGAUCCAACAGAGGAAGGUUUUGAUGAGCUAGAUGAAGUAAUCAAGAUCAGAGGAUUUAGACUCUCGGUUCCUGAAGAAUUCGAUGAUCUCAACAUUAUUUCUAACUAACUAAAAAUAAACAAGAA